AUGGGGGCGCGCAGGACGCCGCCGCACGGCUCGCACGGCAGCGCGGACAUCUCCCACGAUGCGGACUCCUACCCUCAGGAGGUCGAGGUCGGCAACGUCGAGUACAAGCUGAAGCUCGUCUCGCCGACGCCGGCGCGCUUCCAGCAGCUGGUGACGCAGCUGGCUUACCGGCUUGCCGAGGGGCGGGGCCGUGCGGUUUACCUCCUCGGCGUGGAGGACGACGGCGCGCUCCACGGUCUCUGCCCUCGCGACAUGUCCGCGUCGCUUGGCACUCUCCGCCGGAUGUGCGGCCACGUUUCGGCGCGUAUGGUGGUCGCCGCGCAGCGGACCAAGGGCGUGCCGACGGGGCGGAUAGCCGAGGUGCGAAUCGAGCAGUUUGCGGAGUGCGCGCAGGUGGAGGUGCGGAUCGCGGUGCUGGGCAGCGCCCAGGCGGGCAAGUCUUCGGUGGUGCUCGGCUUUGACGGCGCCUGCCGGCUGCUCAACUGGACGGAGGAGCUGCGCCUCGCGCCUGCUCAACUGGACGGAGGAGCUGGCGCGCACGACGUCGGAGCUGCGCUGCUCUGCGUCGGGGCGGACGUCGGCAUCACCGCGGCCACGCGGCUCCACGCGCUGCUUGCGGCGGGGCAGGGCGUCCUAGAAGCAGAGGACGUGUUCUUGCUGGGCGUGCCCGUCGUGGCGCUGCUCUGCAAGGCGGGCGUGGCGGCGGUGCUGGCCGAGCCGCCCCCCUUCUCUGCGCACUGCCCCUGCCUCGCCCUCCCGCCCAGCGGCGCGGACGGCGGCAGCGAGGACGACAGCGGCGGCGCCGAGCCGGACGCCGCCGCCGCCGGCGGCGGCGGAGGCGGCGGCGGCGGCGGAGGCGGCGGAGGCGGCGGAGGCGGCGGAGGCGGCGGAGGCGGCGGAGGCGGCGGCGGCGGCGGAGGCGGCGGAGGCGGCGGAGGCGGCGGAGGCGGCGGAGGCGGCGGAGGCGGCGGAGGCGGCGGAGGCGGCGGCGGCGGAGGCGGCGGCGGCGGCGGCGGCGGUGGCGGCGGCGGAUGCGGCGGUGGGGGCGGUGGGGGCGGUGGGGGCGGCUUCGGCGCUGGCGACGGGGGCGCGGGCGGCGUCACCGGCAGCGGCGAGGGGAUGGGCACGCUGCUGCGCGGCGCACUCUGCGCGCGCGCCGCCGUCCCCUCGCCCGCCCCCGGCCGGUUGCUCGUCGGCCCCGACGCGCGCGGGCGUUGGGCGCCGGCGACGCUGCGGUCGAUCAAGUACAAGGAGCUCGGUGUCGGCCGUGCGGUCGCCGGCCAGUCCGCCACCGUCAGCUUGCAGGUUGCGGACGGCGGCGGCUUCAAGCUGCGGCGCGGCAUGGUCCUCGUCGACGAGCGCACGCGGCCGGCGCCGAGCGCCGUGUGCGAGUUCGGGGACGCGCCGUCCGCCGUGUGGGAGUUCACCGCGCGCGUGACGGCGAUCCAGCUGCCGGCCGAGGUCGUGGCUGGCGCGGAGCUCGUGCUGUACUGUCUGGGCGUCAAGCAGGUCGCGCGCGUGCUGCCCGCCGUCAGGAGCGGCGACGCGUCGCCGCCGCACUCUUCCGCCCGAAGUGGCAGCGGAGGCAGCGAGAGCAGAGGCAGCGGAGGCAGCGAGAGCAGAGGCAGCGGCGGCAGCGGGGGCGGAGGCAGCGGAGGCAGCGAGAGCAGAGGCAGCGGCGGCAGCGGGGGCGGAGGCAGGGGGGGCGAGGGGAGGGGCGGCGCCGCGUGUGUGCUGCGCGAGGGUUCUGCAGGAGGGCGCGACCUCGGCGUCGCCGUCGGCCGAAUACACGCCACCGCAAGCGCGCCAGAGUGCGGCGAGGAGCAGCAGCAGGGAACUUAG